UUUUUUUUUUUUUUUUUCCUCUCUUUCUUCAUUAUAAAUAUAUAAAAUCAUGUCUGCUUUUAUUCCCGUUAAUCCUAAGCCUUUUCUUAGCGAUCUUACCGGUAAACCAGUUUCUGUUAAAUUGAAGUGGGGUGGUGAAUAUCGAGGAUAUUUAGUUUCAGUUGAUAACUAUAUGAAUCUUCAAUUGGCAAAUACAGAAGAAUUUCAAAAUGGUGUUUCUGUUGGUACACUUGGAGAAGUGUUGAUUAGAUGUAAUAAUGUUCUUUAUAUUCGUGGAGCUGAAGAAGAAGAUGUUAAAAUGGAAGAUUAAAUCCCCCCCAUUCAUUCAAAGAAAUGGACAAGUUAUAUAUUUAAAUAAUAAUAAAAGCAGUUUGUAUAUGGAAUGUUGUUAUUUUAUAACCUCUCCCUUCCCCUCCCCUUUAUAUAAAUAUAGAUAGAUAGAUA